AUGCAGCCUCAGGUCGUCGCCACGUCGGACUCGUCGCAUCAUGCCAGCGCCAGAGUAGGAGUGUCCCCCUCUUCUGCGGCUCCUGCUGCCUCGACGGCGGCAGCCUCUCAGCCGGUCGUCGCCUCAAGCGCAGUUCAGUCGACGCCGACGGCUGAUUCGAGCGCAGCAUUUCCCGCAGCUCAGGCGGUAUCGUCCACCUCUGCUCCGGCGCAAUCGCCUGCCUCGUCGUCAGCUGCCAGUCAGACAGAGGUUGUGUCUUCGACGGUGCAAGCCUUGACGAGUGCUAGCACCACCCCUUCUCCUAGCUCGACCAUCGGUACGAGUGACGAUAUGUCGUCCUCGCUCUCUGCGACAAGCGCAGCUGCUUCAAGCUCUUUGGAUGCCCUGUCAUCUUCCUCUCUUUUGGCUUCUGCUUCAACAGCAGAGGCAAGUGCAGCUUCAGCGACAUCAACACCACACAAGAUUUCGCUCGCUCACAAUACGCCGCUCAUGGUAUUUGUAAUUCUUGGAUCCAUCAUUGGCGGUGCGACCGUCCUCUUCGGCCUGGCCUGGCUCUGCAAGCGCUCAAGUCUGGGUCCUACACGGUCAAGAAAGCAGAAAGCCCUCUCCGGUAACUGGAGCCCUGGGGCUGGCAGCUCCAAGUUCAGCCCCUCCAGCGAGAUCCCUGAGAUCUUGUUCACUCAGAAGCCUUCGUAUUCUGCGGCCGUCUUCCCGGAGCGACCCCCUCCCGCAAUGCCGCCCUCUUUUGCGGAGAACAAUUACAGCAACACGUAUUACCCAUCGUAUGGGCGACAAAAUGCUCCCGGGGGCCCGCAACGUCAGCAGGGAUGGGAGCUCUUUGACCGACCCUUAGAGAUGCAGCCCGUCGUUUUCUCCCCUCUGGUCGAUGGAGCCGGCGCUGUUCGUCCCAAUGCUCCCCGACGCCCAACCUUCAUUCAGAAGGCGCUCCAGCAACCGGAGCGCGGUGCCACGCUCGACCUUGAGGCACGUCUCAGUCACGAGGAGCAAGCUCGCGAGAUAGUUGAAGAGGGAGCAUCGAGAAGCAACACGACCAGCAGCACAAAGUCAACAACCAGCGCCAUUUUGCACGCCCUCGGCCUCACGAACAGCACUAGCAAUGGCAAGGGGAAGCACUCCUCGUGGUCAACUCGUAUCCGCCGCAAGUCUACGUCGGUUCCCGACGACUCCGACUUCGAAGGUACCAUCGGCGCACCGGACAAAGAAGUGCCUCGUGCUCAUCGCGUCAAGAAGGGUCGCCGUUUUGCCUGCGAUGUCACGUCCGGCGAGGAAGACUCUUCGCCCGAAGACGGACCCCCUCCGAUGCCUGCCUGGCCGCCUCGACAAUACGGCCUCGGCAUGUAUGCGAGCCAGUCCACCAACUCGACCCCAAAGACACCAGGAAUGGCUGGCAUGGGAGCUGGUGGGGGUAGGAGAUCUGCACCCAUGGAUCGCUUUCACUCAAUGCCCAUCGCCGGUCACUCGUCCACCGUACCUGGUCGCCAACUACUUGUAGCCCCCGGCCUCACACCGGUCUCCGAAUCCAACGCGGCCGACGUUCUGGGCGCCUUUGCCCGACUGCAACGCCAACAUCAAGUCCAAGCUCUGAAUGAGGAUGAUCUCAAUCGUCGAGCUUCUGCGCCGCCUGCGCAAGACAGGGAAGCCGCAGUGAAAGACAAGGUGACGACAUGGUGGACCGGCAGCUGGGACGCAGAAUGGCCAAGCCCAACCGCCUCACAGCGUGAGCUUGGUACGGUGCCGGAGGGACUGCUCAGCCCGAGGAGCAUUGAGAUCCCGGCUCCUUCCUCCACCUUCGCCCACUCUGACCGCGAAGAGGAGGAGGAGGUCGAGGUAGUAGCGGGAGAAGCUCAGCCGUCCAGCCCAAGCAGCAUCAGCUCGCAGGAGGUGGAGACCCCUCCCUCAUCACUCACUCGCGAUGAGUACAUGCUUCGCGCUCAAAACUCUCUCAAGCGGAUGACAAGCAUUCGCCCCAAUUUCGCACCCGCUACCACCCUGGACAGCUGGCUCGACGCUGCGAAUGGGCCACGCGAUUGGAUGAAGGACAGCAACGUCAUUAUCGAGGAGGAGGACGACAACGUUGCUGCAGAACGCGAAGCUGCGGACAUGGAAGCCGCCACAAUGGUCGGUGGGGAUGAGGUCGGUCUUGGCUAUGUCGGCGAGCCGAAGCUGGGCUACCAAGGCUCGCUCAAGUCUCCCAUGGUUCUGACCAACGACCUGCCUUCAGACUUUUUCGUGGAGAGUGACGACGAGGACUAUCGCGCUCUGCGCAACAAGUCCAGCGCCUCGACAUUGCGCUCCUCCAACAGCAAUGCGACACUGCGCUCCUCCAUGAGCAAGCGCAAUCUCAGGGCCGCAGCUUCGCAUGAGUUCAUGGGAGGUGUUGCUACCCCUCGCCUGGGGCAUCGCUCCUCCGUAGCCUCGCUCGACGGGCACAGCUACUCGUCGCACGGUCACAAGUUGCCCAAGUCUGUUCGCAAGCAACGCUCUUUUCGCCAGCAGCAACUGCAGGAGAAGCGACUGUCUCUCGCAGUUGGCGACUCUCCGGACUACUACAUCGACUCGGACGGGUACGAGGUCCGCAAAGUCAGCGGUCUCUCCUCGGUAGCUCAACCUGCUCGUGCGAGCUUGGUCGUCAGGAAGGAGAGCAUUCGUGGUCAGACGAGCGAUGUCUCUGACUAUGAGUGCGAGGCCGAGGAGGAGAAGCACUAUCACCACCAGCAGCUUGCAGUCCCCGAGCCCACCGCUCUCAGCGAGUAUGAAGCCAUCUUCGCGCGCAGCUCGGAGAGCUUCUAUGCUCCUGAGGUGGCGGCUGCCGUCGCUGCGGCGGGCGAUGUGCGCAAGUUGAGGGGCAAGAGCUCGCAACGUGCCCUUAAGACUGCGCGAUCUAUGUCUUGCAUCGAGGAGGUUGACCGCGCAUUGAUGGCUUUGGCGAUUAAGAGGCAGGCCCUUGCGCAGUCUCAGAGCAAGCUUGGCAGCGGCAAGGUGAGGAGACAGCAUGGCAGGCGGGCCGUUUCCACUGGUCAGAGGGCCUUCUCUUCUGGUCUUGCUCGACCUCAGUCACAUGGCCACCACCACCAGCCUGCCCCUCCCCCCAUCAAGCCUCGCUACGGCCACGUAGCCGGAGAUGCCUCUCCUUCCUCAAGCUCAGACUCGGACAUCUCUGUUCGCCGAUGGGGUCGUCCCACCAGCAGUCACGACGACGACGCGGAUGACAUUAGUGCUCUCCCGUACAUCAGCGGGUCGGACGACGAUGACGAGUUUGACGGCGGCGACUAUAGUGUCGGUAACAUCACUAUUGGCCCCUACGCGGGCAUGGCGUCGACGCACGGAGCUAUUGCUGAUUGGAACGCAGCCAAGAGACGCAGGGGAGCGCGUGGACCGAUGCAGAUGUACGGCAACGGAUUUGCAGCUGGACCCGGCAGAAUGAGGGUCGCCUCUGCCGGUGUUGUGGCUGCCAGGUAA